AUGGCUAUAGAAUCGAAAAUUAUUGACGUUGAAAAGGUUGCUGUGAUUGGAAGCGGAAACUGGGGUACCGCAAUUGCAAGAAUCGUUGGAGGGAAUGUCCUUCAACUUAAAGGAUUCGAUCAUGAUGUUAAGAUGUGGGUAUUUGAGGAGAAGAUAGGUGAAAGAAAGUUGACCGAGUUGAUUAACGAAAAGCAUGAAAACGUAAAAUAUUUACCUGGAUACAAAAUUCCUGAUAAUGUUAAAGCCGUACCUGAUCUCUUUGAAACCAUCAAAGAUGCCACUAUUUUAAUAUUUGUUAUUCCGCAUCAGGGAAAGGUUCAUACAAAAGCCAAAGCGAUCACUUUAAUUAAAGGUUUUGAUACCUCAGACACGGGCAUUCGUCCUAUGUCAGAAGUGAUCCAUGAAGCAUUAAAUGUUCCAGUUUGUACACUCUCAGGUGCAAACAUUGCCAAUGAGAUUGCGGAGGAGAAGUUUUCAGAGACAACCAUCGGAUAUCGAAACCGUCAAGAAGGAGAAUUAUUUAAAAGAUUAUUUGAAACAAAAUAUUAUAGAGUCGGUAUAAUUGAUGACGUUGUAGGGGUUGAAUUGUGUGGUGCAUUAAAAAAUGUUAUCGCUAUAGGUGCGGGUAUAAUUGAUGGUUUGAAAAUGGGAGAUAACACUAAAGCCGCCAUCAUUCGAAUCGGUUUAUUAGAAAUGAAAAAAUUUAUUAAAAUGUUUUAUAAAGGUAUUAAGGAUGAAACCUUUUCCGAAAGUUGUGGUAUCGCUGAUGUAAUUACUUCUUGUUAUGGUGGUAGAAAUCGAAAGGUUGCCGAAGCGCACGUUCUUACAGGAAAGUCAUUUGAUCAAUUAGAGAAAGAACUACUUAAUGGUCAAAAAUUACAAGGCACGCUUACCGUGAAAGAACUCUACAUGGUUUUGAAACGAAAAGGAUUAGAACGGGAGAUCUCAUUUGAGGAUGUAGCUCCUCAGAAAAUUGUUGAAGAUAUCAUUUAG